AUGCCACCGCGAGCUUUAUUAAGCUGACGGAGAAUGAAGUUGCCAGACCUAAUAAUAUGACCGUGAUCUAGGCGGCAUGAUGUUUAUUUUUUGACGCAGAGCCUUCAAUUGUUUAAUCCUAGUCCCAAAUACACUAGUCAAGUAAUCACUAAUACUUGGUGUAUUUGGUGUAGUAAAAUUUGGUACAGUGCACCACAAAACAGUCGUGAGUCGUUUUAAAUGGCGAAGCACGAGUUGUUAUGUAAAAUUGGACCUUCUGUCCUGAAUUCAGAUCUAUCCAAACUUUACUCAGAGUCUGAAAGGUUAUUAAAAUGUGGUGCUGAUUAUCUUCAUCUAGAUGUAAUGGAUGGGCAUUUUGUUCCGAACAUAACAUUUGGUCAUCCAGUGGUAAAAUGUUUGCGGCCCAAACUUCCGGGUAUAUUUUUAGAAACGCACAUGAUGGUCUCGAACCCAGAGCAAUGGAUCGAGCCAUCGGCAGAUGCGGGCGUGGACCAGUACACGUUCCACGUGGAGGCUACGAGCGACGUGGCGAGAGUGUGCAGGAAAGUUAGGGAAAGCGGCAUGAAGGUGGGCAUUGCUUUGAAACCAGGGACGGACGUAACCGCGGUGUCGGGUUACGUGGACCUGGCGGACAUGGUGCUGGUGAUGACGGUGGAGCCGGGGUUCGGAGGCCAGAAGUUCAUGGCCGACAUGAUGGGGAAGGUGCGGUGGCUGCGUCGCCACCACCCGGGGCUGGACAUCGAGGUGGACGGGGGCGUGGGGCUCGCCACCAUCGACGCGUGCGCCGAGGCUGGGGCCAACAUGAUAGUGUCGGGGACGGCGGUGAUCGGGGCAGAGGACCCCAGCAAGGUCAUAGCGACCAUGAGAAGAGUUGUCGAGGGCCACAUCACCCGAGGUGACGGGGACAGGUAGCAGAGCAUCUGCGUGUGCAGAACCGUUUUGCCACGAUAACAAGACAUUGCAUUUUGGUGCAUUUAUGGGUUAUUUUAACAUUUCAUACUUAUUUUUUUUUAUUAAAGUGUUAUUGGUGUAAUGAAUUUCGAGAGGUGUAGUGCAUUUAUUCAACUUUGUUUUAUCUUAGUAUGAAUCUAGUGACUAAUGCAGAACUUCCUUCAACAUACUGACGUAAAUUUGCAGGAAGUUUUUGUACUUGUUAUUAGUGCAAAUGUAGUUAAAUAUCAGUGGUCAAAAUGUUAUGUGGCUCUGGAAGUAAAUGAUAAUCAUGGUUAUAUCUGUUAUAUCUGGUAUUAUCCAAUGAAGUAAAGCAUUGUUACAGUUA